GGCUGCUCCCCAGCCCUGUUGUAGCCAACGACUCUAUAUAUCAGCCUGCACAAUUACCCAUUGUUCGUGAAUAAACUUUUCUGCACGAUCAAUUCUUCACAUUGCCCUCUCAUAAUAGUCCUCUGCAUUGUUCCACCGAGAAAUAAACUCUUCAAUAUUCGCACGCGACACUAGAGAUCUGAUCUGAACCUUCUCUGCCUCACACCAUGUCCCUCAAGCGCAAGGCCUCGGUUCCCAGUCUCACAUCCCCCAAUCCUGCUCCUGUGAUGUCAGGACCAUCAUUCGUGGCAGAUGACUCCCCAAAGCAUCUCCACAGUCGCACCCGCAAGCGCUUCAGGAACGAUCGCCCGGAUGACGAAGUAGUCUAUGGUAUGUUCUGAAAGAUUGCACCUUACUAUCCGAGAGCAAUUAUCUCACAUCCAGUAGAAAACACAAUGCGAUGGCUUUUUACAGCACAGCAACAACAACACCAAGCUCCUACUCCUGCCACGGACGAGGACGAGGCAACGGAGCCAGAACCUGUACCAUCAUCUGAGAUCGUCGACCCUCGCCAGCAGACAUUGCUCAAAUUCUUCCGCCCUUCCCAAUCUACACCCGCUCACAACCGCUUAAACAAGCUGGAUCAACCAUCGAACAAUGCUAUACCACUGCAAACAACACCCUUUCAAUCGCAUACCUUCAAUCUGUCCUCGCCAGUUACUUCGACGGGAUGGGGUACGAGUAGCCCACCUUCGCAGCUGACAGGCAGCGAUAUGGACAUAGACUCAGUAACAAACGAGUCAGUCCAAGAGCCUCGGAGACCAUUCGGAGGGUUUGGUUGGGCAUGACGAGUGCUCCGCCAUGUCUGGGGUGCAUUUCACCCACAGCGUGCGAUAUCAACGACAUUAGUUCUUUCAGCGAUGAUACCUUGAUAAACUUUAUUUUAAUAUUAUAUCCGCGCGGAUCAAUGUGCUGGUCAUAUUGGUAGCGUCACGACACCGUCACUUGAUAUACGUUGCAGGGUCCAUCCACCUGCAUGCCUUCCUUUGUUGGAGACAUGAAUUAAAGCAGCCCGGAACCUGCUUCUCUUGACCGAAACGGCUGCCAGGAUACUCGAGUUGAGCUCUAAUCAAUUCUAGCUACCUUGGCGACUAAGGUGCAGAGUUACAGACGAAACGAUGUAUAUAGUUUCCAAGAUGUGUUGAGGAUCGUUAUACUACAGUAUAUUGAGUGAUGCAAAC